GAGGUGACCACGCCACACCCAGCAGAGCGAGGCAGAGUGCCUGUGCUGGAGGAGCGGCUUGUGUAACAGCUGUAUCAACCAGUGGCACCGACAGCAGCCAGUUGCGCCAGCUCCGUGCCUUGUUGAAAUGUCCAGUACGCAGAGGAGGCGGCGCAUUCAGCGGCCUCUCGGCGCGACGGGGGGCGAGAAAUAGUUGAGGAUAUUUCGCACUCAGCUUGUGAACAACAGCGUUUACAUGCGCGUGUUUUUGCCCUAGCUCUAGCCACUUUUUGGAGGAAUGAGAGGCGUAUGUUCGGCUCUGAAAAUGGGAUUGUUUUUGCACGCUGUCGGCUCUGUCACCCCCACCGAGUCCGCAGCAGAAAGGAGCCUACUGCACUGUGAAGGUGUUAACAACCAGAGCUACAUCUGUGAGUCCGGACACUGCUGCGGCGAGUCGCAGUGCUGCAGCUACUACUAUGAGCUCUGGUGGUUUUGGUUGGUUUGGGCGAUCAUCUUCAUUUUGAGCUGCUGCUGUGUGUGUCACCACCGUCGCACCAAACACCGACUGCAGCAGCAACAACGGCAGCACGAGAUCAACCUCAUCGCUUACCGCGAAGCACACAACUACCCCUCUGUGCCCUUCUACUUCAGGUUUCUGCCAAACUACCUCCUGCCUGACUAUGAAGAGGUGGUCAACAGGCCGCCGACUCCUCCCCCUCCCUACAGUGCCUUACACACAGGCCCAUCCUCAGUGGCUUCUAGUCCACUGGCUCCUGAGCAGCAGGAGGGACACUGUCCAACCAUCCAGCCCACUCCAGUGCCCCCGGUCUCUGACAGUCUGUGUUGCAGACCCAGCAUAGAGGAACCACAACCCCCCACCUUAGACUUUAGGCCAAAGCCUGACAACAAGCCCAUGCAGACAUCACAAGAUUCUGGUGUGAUACUGCUGUCAGAUGGGCUCAACAGGGAGGGACUUACCAGCCAGGAGAAAAGAAGUGGGAGCGCGGAUGACUCCUGCAAGGACCUGUCAGGACUGAAGGACCUGUCGGAGGGCUGCGCUGAGGACAAAGAUCGACUCCCCAAUGGAAGGAGGAGACGGUUCACAGGGGACUCUGGGAUUGAGGUGUGUGUGUGCGGCACACGUGGGAGCAGUGGUUUUAGUGGAGCUGGAGGGACAGGCCAGGAAGGCAUGGAGUUGAGGGAGCUGGAGAGCCUGCUGAGGCCCGAGGGAGAUGACGAGGAGGAGGAGGAGGAGGAAGAGGAGGGGGGCGAUUCUGUGACAGGCUGCGGUCAUCGAGGCCCUUCCUUCAGCGUGGGAGUUUUCAGGGAAGCAGAGCAGGCACUGGGCGGGCUGGAGAGGCGGGUCGCACGUGGGCCGUCAGGACCUCCUCAGCCGGCUCACCAGAUAGGCAGCGCCUUGCUCCACCCUCCGGUGUGCCUCCUCCUCCACACCAUUAAUGAGCAGGAGGGGCCGCACCACAGCACCAGCACUGAACCACAAGGCUGAAAGUUAACACACCUUUGUGUCAUAGAGGGAAGGAGAGAGCACUUGACACAGAGCAUGGAGGCAUAUGCUGUUGUAUCUGAGCAAGUGUUUUAUGUCUAAAUACUUUCUAUGUGAGUAUUUCUGUGAAUGUCUGCAUCUUAGAUAAACAGGUGUAGGAGCAGGAAGUGGUAUCUUAACUAAAACUGAUUGAGAUCCAAAGAUUGAGCUUGCUCCUCCCCACACUGGAAUAGUGGCCUUAACCUGUGUAUUUGGGGUUUUAUUUGGGCAGUACAUGCUCUUUUAACAACCUGUGGCAAUUGAGUAUUCUUACACUGCACACACACACACACACUGCACACACACAGCCCUUCAGUCGUCCUUCUCUUGCAGUGGGAAGCUACUGAUACACAGUUAAUGACUUGAUAGCUGAAGCUGUGAUGUCAGGACAGGGCAGUCAGUGCCCAGGACGAACACAGCUCUCCUCACCAGGUGCUUGCAACAGUUCUGCAAAGCCGUUCUCUGCAGGCAGGAAACCACGUAGUGAAAAAAAGAAAACACACAUCAGGAUCAUUUUGCAUGAGUGCAAUGUGUAGUUGCCACAGUGUGUGCUUAUGCAAAGUGAUACUGUACAGGGACACUAGAACAAGACUGUGUGGGAUGUCCUGUUAGACUUGCGCUUCUAAAGUGCUUCUUCAGCAAUUAAAAACCGUUCUGCCUUUUGUCCGUUUUUGUUGUUUUCUAUCUGCCCCGCAAGUGGUAGAGAAGUGUAAGUGCAUUAACAAAUCUUCAUGUGAGCAGUUCCUAUUUUGCACAAAAUGUAUUUAUCUUUAUAAAUGAAGCUUUUAGCUUAAACAAAUCAAAACACAAAAUGCUUACUUUCAUUAAUUCAGUCUUAAAUUGCAGUAGAUGAUUAGUGUCUUAGGGUUUUGUUGCAACUUGUGUAAGAAAUGGACCUCUGAAUGCAACAGAUUCACUUCGUAAACAAUCAUUAAUUAUUAUUUUAAUGAAUGUUUGUAGUAUGUGCCUACCCCCCAAAAAAGCAUUUUGAUGAACAAUAAUAAGCUUCAGUGAAGCUGACCAUGAGACCAUGAGAAAGUAGGUACCAAAAACAGCGGAGAUGGGCAACGUCAGACCUCAAACUUCUGUGUCAGACACUUCAAUAAAUCACCAACUUCACCAGCUGUACAGUACAAAAACAGAAACAUUUACACUCUUUGUAUUGGCUUUUCAUAUCAGCACAAUCUUACCUUGAUUUUUUUUGUGGUAUUCAUUAAUUAAACGUUUAUAAUAGCUUCCUUAAAGGGCCAAUUAAGGCUGAUUUCAGUCAACUAGACCAGUGUGAUUUUCACCAUAAUAUGGCUUGUUAACUAAUGAUUCCCAGUGGGUGACCCUGCCAAUCUGCUGUUUUUGUGCUAUUCAAUCUGAGAGAGGAAAUACUCCUUCUAGAAACAAAACAGCAACCAUAAAGUAUUGUUUAGUCUAUGUCUAUUGAGUAUUCAUCCCUUACUCAACUUAAUAUGAAGGUAAUUAAUCCCAUAACAGCCAUGCUUGUGGAGCAAACAGCCAGAGUUUACACACAAAUGAUUUGUAACAGUAGUAUUUAACAGACAAUUUGUCAUUACCAGUUGCAGCCUGUAAUUUUAAGUAAAACAUAAUGAACACGCUGUGGGAAACCUUUACAAAUAGAGUAAAGUAAAAUUGUAGUUUGCCCACUCUAAAAUGAACUGGAACUAGUUACACUACAUGCCAUUGUGUCAUAUUUUUUUCAGACUGAACUUUGAGCACCCUGUAAAAUGCACACAUUGCAACGUCUGAAAAGCACAAAUGUCUCAGCCUUUGGUCUCCAGAUUAAUAUACGCCCUCUAAAAUCCAACAGAAGAUGUCUCCCAAAAUGUGUAGCACAAUUGUAAUGGGGAUUUUCUGUAUUAACGGUAAGAUGACUGAAUUUUACUCAUCAAUGCCUCUAAAGUGCUUUAUAUGUUAAUGUUUUUUGUGAGCUAGAAAGUACCGUAAUAUUAUUAUGUAAUUUUGGUACAUGUAGUACCAAGAUGAGCUAUUUUUCAUAUCAGCUGAAUCCUUAAAAAACAACAAAAAACUAUUGGAACUGUAUACAAUUUCAGAACCACUUUAUAUUUGCGAUGUAUAAUAUUCUGUAACAGGUUUGUGAACCAAAUAGUUGCUUUCAUAAUUUUUAUAAAAUCAUUAGCUUUAUUGUUAUGGACAGAUUUUAUUCUCGUUAUGGGUAUUAUUUUUUCUUUUGAGACUUAUCCUGACGGUAUGUGAAGGGUACGUUUGACUAACAAUACAGUAAAUUACUUGUUAACAAGAACUCUCACCAAAGACACGUUUUCUUUCUUCACCAGUGGUGUGUAAGGUGGAUUUGCACAUAUUCUUUGAAUGUUCUGAUCAUAAGCCAUUUAUUACAACUAAGAUGGAUGUAUCUUCAAUAAACAUGCCCUUUUAAAUUCAA